AUGAAGCGGUCUUGCUUCUCUCUCUCUCUCUCUCUCUGUGUGUGUGUGUGUGUGUAUGGAAGAACCCGUUCAAGCAUACAGAAGGUAACCGCUCGCCUUGCUCCUCAAACAGACCCCGCUCUCCUAAAACCAUACGUUCCCUCCGAGUUCGAGGGUUUCUCUGAUUUGACCGACAUGGUGACGACCUAUCAGACCUGCUGCCCAGACAGCAAGAUCGUCCUCAUGGGCUAUGCGCAGAGCGCCCAGGUGACGGCCGACUUCCUCAGCGGAACGUCCGAGACCGGCUUCACUUCGACACCCGCAUACGCGUCUUCUGUUGAGAAUGUUCUUGCCGCUGCCGUGCUCAUGGGCGACCUUUCCUUCGUCAAAGGUGAAUUCCUGGGACCGCGGAAACGCAAGCGACGUCAGUGCGCAUCGGAGGACGCUUUGCUCAUUCACGAGGGCUACGUCACCGAGUAUGGCGAUGCUGUGACUAGUUAUACCGUCAACAAGAUCGGAGGAUGUUCUGGCUCGGAGGCCAACUUGCUCUGA